CCGGCCUCCUGUGUCCCCCUCCAACACAAAUCGAACCGACAACAGUCUUCCAAAGUUGAUUUGGUCACUAAGAGAUCCAACCUCCACCCGUAGUCAUGCGUCUCCUCGCCGCCGUCAUCCUCCUGCUGCUCCUCCCGUCGGCUGAGCCCCGGAGACGCCCUCGAUCGAAGGCCUCGGACAAAGCCUCGGGAGGACGCAUCCGGGGCCGCGGCAGGGCCGGGGUCUCGAGACGCCAAACUCAGGAGUGUAAGGAGUACAUGGAGGCAGGAGAGAAAUACCUGGACUGCCAGGACAGGCAGCUGACCACUGUGAUGCAGGACUGGCCCACAGACAUCCACCAUCUACUGCUGGCAAGAAACAAGAUUCAGGUCUUGCGGGACAACAUGUUCUCCCAGUUCACCCAACUGAAGAGCUUGGAUCUCCAACAGAACGACAUCUCCAUGGUGGAAGACGGUGCAUUCACUGGCCUCUCCCAGCUCACCACCCUGCUCCUCCAGCACAACCAACUGAAAACAGCCUCCGAGGAGGUCCUGCUCCCGCUGCCCCGCCUUACCUACCUCCGUCUCUAUGACAACCCCUGGAGCUGCCACUGCUCAUUGGACAGCCUGGUCAGGACCCUGCAGGUGCCAAGCAACCGCAAUCUGGGCAACUACGGCAAGUGCGCAGAGCCUCUAUCAUUGAAGGGCCAGAAGCUGAGAAAGCUAGAUGUGGACUCGUUGUGUGCGGCAGACAAGAAGCCAGACAGUGGACAAGGACCGCGACCGAAGCCGCCACCAAUAAAGGUGAAGCCAGAGGCGACGUCCAUGUGUCACACCUAUAUGUUUCCCAAACCUCUGUUGGACUGCAGCAGCAAAGAUUUGAAUCACAUACCGUCCGACCUGCCUUCUGACAUAGUGAAGAUGGAUCUGUCCAGUAACAGCAUCAACCACCUCAGGCCCAAACAGUUCCUGCUGUCCAAAGACCUCAAGCUGCUCAACCUUAGCGGCAACAGCCUGCAUCAUAUUGAUACAGCUGCAUUCGCAGGCCUGCUGUACCUCCGUGAACUUGAUCUGUCCAACAACAGCCUCCAUUACUUCCAGUACGGCGUGCUGGAAGACCUCUACUUCCUGCGAAAGCUCUCACUCGGGAACAACCCUUGGAUCUGCGACUACAACAUCCACUACCUGAUCUACUGGCUCAAGCACCACCCCGGCGUUUUUUACACUGGCCUCAUCUGCUCGGAGCCGCAGGAGUUCAGGGGCUGGCGAGUUGAAGACUACGUCAAGACCUACAACGGGGAAUGUCCCAAGGAUAAACAAACUGAGGGGAAUGAUACGGGACAGGGGGCUCAAGGGGGGUCUGAAAAUGAGGCACAAGAGGUGGUUGGGGAGACGGUUGACGGACAGGGCGAACGUCUCCCAAAUCCCCUGAAAGAGAAGCCGGCCAACACCUUCGAGAUCAUCAGGUUGAGUUAGAAUGGAGGUGGAUCUUUGGACUGGUUUUUUUUAGUACAGAGGGAAAUUUACACAAGAGCAUUAAAAUGGAGGUCUGAGGACAAACUGAGCAACGGAUUAAUAAUGGUAGACUCAGUGAUUUGAUGUUUAAAGGUACAAUUUUGUGAUAAAAAUCCAUUAUUUGGGGUAAAGAUGUCGUCUUAGUAGUCAAAAAAGGAAGAAUCUGUCUUGUAAAAUGAGCAUUUUCCUAAAAGUUUAUUAGCUACAAUGUCAUUUUGCUAAGUUUACCUUUAAUAAAAGGAUGAGGAGAGAUUCCAUUUGAGCUUUUCCUUUAUGUUUUCCACAGAACAUUCCCGAUUUUGUCUGUUUUGGAUUUAACACCCCUCAGUUUCCCACCAGAAAAAUGUGUCUUGUGAACUGCAGGUGCUCUCUUUUUUCCAUUACAGUAAUUUUAAUAUUGACUUCAGGAUAUACUACUUUUUCCCUUUUCCCCCUCCUUUAAAAAAAAAAGUAGUUUUGGUCUUGUUUGUAUUAAUGUAUGAUAUUGUCUACCUGUUUUUCUGGAAAUAAAAUUGGGUUUAUUUUUCUGAA